AUGGUGGGCGGCGGCAGUGGAGUGGGCGGUGGCCUCUUGGAAAACGCUAACCCCCUCAUCUAUGAGCGCUCUGGGGAGCGGCCGGUGACGGCGGGCGAGGAAGACGAGCAGGUUCCCGACAGCAUCGACGCGCGGGAGAUCUUUGAUCUUAUUCGCUCCAUCAAUGACCCGGAGCAUCCACUGACACUAGAGGAAUUGAACGUAGUAGAGCAAGUUCGGGUUCAGGUUAGCGACCCCGAGAGCACAGUGGCAGUGGCCUUCACGCCCACCAUUCCACACUGCAGCAUGGCCACCCUGAUUGGCUUGUCCAUCAAAGUCAAGCUUCUGCGCUCACUUCCCCAGCGUUUCAAGAUGGAUGUGCACAUCACACCAGGGACCCAUGCCUCGGAGCAUGCAGUGAACAAACAGCUUGCAGAUAAGGAGCGAGUUGCAGCUGCCCUAGAGAACACUCACCUGCUGGAGGUUGUGAAUCAGUGCCUGUCAGCCCGCUCCUGAGCCUGACUUUGGCCCUCAGCCUGCACACCAGUGUCCUGGCCUCAGCUUCACCCAAGGCUUAUGGCUUGUUUUCUUGAAUCAUAGAUGAUGAGAAACUAACAUUUUGCAUUUUGUAAUAAACCCUUAAUUUAUAUUCA